AUGGUCGACAUGAUGGCUUUGACGAUUGGUUGCCACGCCAAAAUCCCCGGCGUCGGCACCUCUUAUGGAUAUGUACCACAACUUUCGGUUGGCAUUGUCUUCUGCGCCCUCUUCGGUGUCGCGAUGAUCGCGCAUACCAUUCAAUUCUGCUGGAAGCGACAAUGGUGGUGUGUAGUGUUUACUCUGGGUUGCAUGGUUGAACUGAUUGGUUGGGCCGGGCGAACAUGGUCUAACGUAUGCCCAUACAAUGGCACUGCAUUUUUGAUGCAAAUUUCUACCCUCAUCAUUGCUCCAACCUUCUUUACCGGUGGCAUAUACGUCCUGCUUGGCCGUUUCAUUCAAAUACUGGGCCCCGAAUCCUCCAUUAUCAAACCAUCCCUAUACCUCUGGAUCUUCUGCACCUGCGAUGUUCUUUCGCUCGUCAUCCAGGCCAUCGGUGGUGGCUUGGCCUCUGCUGAAGUCAAUAAAGUUAACGGCAACACCAAACCUGGUACACACAUCAUGGUCGCGGGUAUUGUUUUCCAGUUGUUCUCCAUCACUAUUUUCGUUAUCUGUGCCACCGACUUUGUUCGUCGUACCUUGCGCCGCCACCUUCUCCAAUCCAUGACAGGCACUAUCGUUCCACUUCUAGUCGCUAUGGUUUUCUCUGUGCUUUGCAUCUAUGCUCGAAGUGUCUACCGUACUAUUGAGUUGUCGCAGGGCUGGUCAGGGUACCUUAUCACACACGAGAGAUAUUUCAUUGCGCUUGAUGGAUCUAUGAUGAUUGCAGCUGUUGCGGUCUUCAACUUUGUACAUCCAGGGUGGUUUUUGCCAAAGGAUGAUUAUAAGCAUGAGACUGCCACAGAAGACUCGGAGUUCGAGAUGACCCGUCCAACGCAUUUUUAA